AUGGGCUGUGCGUGUUCGCGGAAAAGCGAUCAGGGGCUGUCGGCCGAGUCCUUGUUCAUCGAUGUCGUGGUCGCGAAGCGUCCCGGAAGGCGGGACGUCGGUCCCGUGCCGAUACAUCCCCACACGUGGAAGCAAAGGAGCGGUCCGUCCUCAUUGUCGUCGAAAGCCGCGGACGGCAACGACACGACCCCGUCGGUCCCAAGCGCCAAGUUGAACCAGCUGCCACCGGAUGACCUGCUGACGUUUUCAGCCGUCAAAACCGUCGCGGAUCCAGACGGCGUCAUGUUCUACCACUUCUGCGGCUCCCGUGCCGACGACUCGCCGUCGCAGCGCUGCUACAUCCGCAAACGGUAUACGGACUUUAAAGUGCUGCACGCAAAGCUCGCGCAGGUCGUUGUCAAUCACGAGAACGAGACGGCAGUGCCGCAAAAGGCGUUACCAGCGAUGCCGUCGGCUCUACAUUGUUGGUCGUGUGUGCGUCAGUGCGACAGCGAAGAGGUUUUGAAGGAGCGCGAGAAGCAGUUCACGGCAAUGUUGAACGCCAUUGCACGACAUCCGGUGGCGCGUCAAAGCGCAGAGUUCGUGCGCUUCUUGUCGGGUUGCAGCUAA